CCUCCAAAUCGCGCGUUUUCACUUUCACGAGAUCUUGUUACGUCACUGCUCGUCGCCAUCUUGGGCUUGGGCUAAGCAAUAAAUUCCCCUGCCCUAGAGCGCGCUCUUUCUUGAGACGUGCGUGGGUGAGAGAGGUUCUGUGGCCCCGCGUCUGUGCUGCGGUCCUGCGGUCGACACUGCGUCGUGCGGAGCGAGGGUAGGCCCGCCUUGCUUCUUUGCCCGGCUCCAAGAUGGACGGCAGCGGGGACGGGGGAGGCCGCUCUGGGGGAGCACGUGGCUCGCUGCUCGCCUGCUCCCGGGGCUGCUGGGAUGGUGGCGGAGUCCCGAGGCCUCCUACUGCCGUCGGGCAGGGAGGCCAGCGGAGGCGGGGCCGCGGCCGCCCCUGAGAGGCGCCCCGGCGGCGGCGGCGGUCCAGCCUCUUCUUUCCUCGCACAGCCAAGCGGCUCCUGCUCGAGGCCCGCGUCGCCAUGGCCGCGGUUCCCGAGUUGCUGCAGCAGCAGGAGGAGGACCGCAGCAAGCUGAGAUCUGUGUCUGUGGACCUGAAUGUUGAUCCCUCACUUCAGAUUGACAUACCUGAUGCACUCAGCGAGAGAGAUAAGGUCAAAUUUACAGUGCACACCAAGACCACACUGCCCACAUUUCAGAGCCCAGAGUUUUCUGUUACAAGGCAACAUGAAGACUUUGUGUGGCUACACGAUACUCUUAUUGAAACAGCAGAUUAUGCGGGGCUUAUUAUUCCUCCUGCUCCUACAAAACCAGAUUUUGAUGGCCCUCGAGAGAAGAUGCAGAAAUUGGGAGAGGGAGAAGGGUCUAUGACCAAAGAAGAAUUUGCCAAGAUGAAGCAAGAACUGGAAGCUGAGUAUCUUGCUGUCUUUAAGAAGACUGUGUCCUCACAUGAAGUCUUUCUUCAGCGGCUUUCUUCUCACCCUGUUCUCAGUAAAGAUCGCAACUUUCAUGUAUUCCUGGAAUAUGAUCAGGAUCUAAGCGUUAGGCGGAAAAAUACCAAAGAGAUGUUUGGUGGCUUUUUUAAAAGUGUGGUGAAAAGUGCUGAUGAAGUUCUUUUUUCUGGAGUCAAGGAAGUGGACGACUUCUUUGAGCAAGAGAAGAACUUCCUUAUUAACUAUUACAACAGGAUCAAGGAUUCCUGUGCUAAAGCUGACAAAAUGACCAGAUCUCAUAAAAGUGUUGCUGAUGACUAUAUCCACACUGCAGCCUGCUUGCAUAGCCUGGCCUUAGAAGAGCCCACAGUCAUCAAAAAGUACCUAUUGAAGGUUGCUGAACUAUUUGAAAAACUUAGGAAAGUAGAGGGUCGAGUUUCAUCAGAUGAAGAUUUAAAGCUGACAGAGCUCCUGCGAUACUACAUGCUCAACAUAGAGGCUGCAAAGGAUCUCUUAUACAGGCGUACCAAAGCCCUUAUUGACUAUGAGAACUCAAACAAAGCUUUGGACAAAGCCCGGUUGAAAAGCAAAGAUGUCAAGUUGGCUGAGGCACACCAGCAGGAAUGCUGCCGGAAAUUUGAACAGCUUUCUGAGUCUGCAAAAGAAGAACUAAUAAAUUUCAAACGGAAGAGAGUGGCAGCAUUUAGAAAGAAUCUAAUUGAAAUGUCUGAACUGGAAAUAAAGCACGCCAGAAACAAUGUCUCCCUCUUGCAGAGCUGCAUUGACUUGUUCAAGAACAACUGAUUUGCCUUUACUCUGAAGGAAUGAAACAAAUGUGAAAGCCAGCAUCACUUGCACUUACCAUUACCACAGAAGAUGAAUAGUAUUGAUUUUAGUUUAAAAUUAUGUGAAUAAAUACUUUGAUUUCUAAAAAUCUUAA